CUCAAGUCACGAGGUUUUCCUCACGAUGUUUAAAAAAAAUCGGCCUAAGAAGCAGUGCUAGUAGUGCAGCUAGUAGUGCAGUGCAAGAUGCAAGAGUUUCUUUUAGUAGUAGUGCUGCUGCUGUGCAGUGUAUCAGGCUAUCCUAGCGGCCCUCCAGCUGCAGACUACCCCAAUGUAGUGUGCAAGGAGCUCAGCCCCAGCCUACAAACCCAUGGACCCUCACACAGUGGACAUGGUGGAUACCUGCUUCAGUUGCAGCCUCCACUUACUAAAGCCUUUCACUAUGAGCCUGGAGUCGAGUAUAAUGUUGAGCUGGUUGGUACAACUCACUUCUUCAAGGGAUUUAUAAUACAAGCUCGGGACCCUGCCACGCCCCCUCCUGCUGCUCCUCGUCUGAUUGGCCAGUUCACAGCCGUCAGUGACGGAGCAAAGACCCUCAGCUGUGAUCAGGGGGGCGUGUCUGCUGAGGCCACUGUAGCUCAUAGCAACGCUCUCCCCCGCUCCCUAGUGCAGCUCACCUGGACAGCACCACUGAGCAAUGGCACUGUGGACUUCUUCUAUACUGUGAUGAGAGAGAAGGCUGUCCAUUUUGACCAGCUCAGUGCUGCUCAACUGGGACCACCCCCUGUUAGCGUUGCCCCUAGUAACACUCUUCCACCAAUCAAAACACCAGACAAAUAUCGGCUCCAGUUUCAAAAUCCAUCAGGUUGUGGCAUUGGCGACUGUAAUGUGUACGUUGCCAUAGAUACUAAUCGUGGUAACGACAGUUGGUUGGAUAUCUACAUGGAGGGUAAAGCGGAAGGAUGGGUGGGCGUUGGCUUCACUCACUCUGCGGGCAUGUUUGAGGCAGAUGCAGUGGCUUGCAAUCGCCUGGGAGACAAGAUGGUGGUGCUAGACCUGUUCAACCCUGGUGGCCCCUCCCAUACUAGCCUCACUGACGAGAUACAGGACGUAUAUCUGUUUGAGGGGAAAUACAUGGACGGACGACUUUCUUGCAAAGUCAUCAAGCGUAUCCUACCAUCAGACGAGUUUGACAUCAACCUCAACCAAGACCUCUAUGUUCUGUUUGGCAAGCGAUCAAAGAACGCCUCUACUUUGGACAUUCUCAAUGCUCACGAUUUUGCCCAUCUCCCUGAGAUCAGUGACAAAAAAAUAAAUAUUACCUAUGGCAACGGAACAGCAACUGGAGAGAACAAGGACUUUGAGAAUGCUCUUGUGAAGACUCACGCUUCACUCAUGUUAAUAACAUGGCCGUUGUUAGUUGUGACGGCCAUUUUCUUCCCUGUGUUCAUGAAGCCGGCCCUACCUAGUGGAGGAUGGUUUCAGAUCCACCGUGCUCUGAUGCUGACGUCUGUGGUUGUGGGGGCGGUUGGUUUCGCCUCAGUGUUUAUCGGUCAUAUCCAUAAAGCCACUCCCGGGCUUAUUCCACUCGGUCAGGGGAAGGUACUAAAUACGGCUCAUUUCUCUGUGGGAAUACUUGUGAUGGCCCUGCACCUGGUCAAUCCAAUCAUCGGUCUCCUGCGAUGUAACCCAGACAACCCCAGGAGGUGGAUAUUUGACCUCCUCCAUGGGAAGGUGGUGGGUCUCAUCUCUUUGCUGCUAGCACUUGUCAACAUAGCCACGGGGGCUUAUUUGCUGGACCCGAGCAUUCGCGUAUUCUGGGUGGUGAUGGCUUGGGAGGUGGUGUUCCUGGUAACUGUGCUCGCGUUCUUGACCACCUUCUCUUUCCUAGCAGCAAGGUCGCCCUCAACAGAGCGAGCCUUACGAGCCCCCUCAACCAUUCAGGCACUGUUCAAGACGGGCUCUCUUCUCGGAGGCUUGUCUUGUCUGAAGAGGGGGAAGCUGGAAGAAAUAACUCCCUUGAUUUCCAGUGGUGUGACUGGAGACAACAAACUGCGUUGGGCUAGUUUCUACUUUCUUACUCUUGUUUCUGUAGCGCUAGUGGUGGCUGCUGUUGUACUUACUGCAGUGACAACACGUACAUGAUGUGUUAAGUUUUAUAUUUUUAUAUGGAGACAAAAAACUGCGUUGGACUAGAUUUAGUUUAUUUUCUCAUGUAUCUCUGUAGCGCUAUAUAUAGAGUAGAUCAUAACUAUUGUCUUACUGCUUUGAAAAAGCAUGCAGUUAUGUGGAUGUUGUGUAAAGUGAA